UUUCCGCAACACCUCUCCCUAAGGACGUUUGCCUAGGAGGGCUUCUCUUAACGUUCGCAGGCGGAGGGCUCCGCGUUUCAACUGUUUGGCUUUCCCACCCUCCUUGUUCGACAUCAUGGGAGUGACUUGUGUGUCGCAGAUGCCUGUGGCCGAGGGCAAGAGUGUCCAGCAGACCGUGGAGCUCCUCACCAGGAAAUUGGAGAUGCUUGGGGCAGAGAAGCAAGGAACAUUUUGUGUGGACUGUGAGACCUACCACACAGCUGCCUCUACCCUUGGCAGCCAAGGUCAGACCGGGAAGCUGAUGUAUGUGAUGCACAAUUCAGAGUACCCUUUGAGCUGCUUCGCCCUCUUUGAGAAUGGCCCUUGUCUUAUUGCUGACACCAACUUCGAUGUGCUCAUGGUGAAGCUCAAGGGCUUCUUCCAGAGUGCCAAGGCCAGCAAGAUUGAGACCCGGGGUACCCGCUACCAGUACUGUGACUUCCUAGUGAAGGUGGGCACGGUCACCAUGGGGCCCAGUGCCCGAGGCAUCUCUGUGGAGGUGGAGUAUGGCCCCUGUGUGGUAGCCAGCGACUGUUGGAACCUGCUGCUCGAGUUCCUGCAGAGUUUUCUAGGCAGCCACACUCCAGGGGCUCCCACAGUGUUUGGCAACAGACAUGACACGGUCUACGGCCCAGCAGAUACCAUGGUCCAGUACAUGGAACUCUUCAACAAGAUUCGCAAGCAGCAGCAGGUGCCGGUGGCUGGGAUUCGUUAGUGCGCUCUGUCACUGGAGGACUCCUGAGGAGGAGCAGGUGCUGCACCCUCAGGCUCCCGAGUCCCCAAAACCCAGGGAAGACGUGGAGGCUUCUCUCCCCCUCCAGUUCCCAGCUGUGGCUCUUGUUCUGGGGCUCUGGACUGUUUGCCCCUGACCCUCACACACAGCCCCCCUGAUUUCACCCCACGCCUUACUGGACUUGGCCUGUCCUCAAGAAUGGUAACUAUGAAGAAUGGAGAAGCUUGGAGCUUUCCUGCUAUAGGGGAAAAGGUAGGACAGGGGUGUCCCUGCCUAGUGUUGGUGGGGAAAGUAGUCUGUUUCCAGCUGUUGUGGAUUCGGCCUAGGCCAUGGUGGACAGGCUGCAUUUCGUGGCUGUGCUGUGCUGUGCUGUAAUAAAGGCCUUUUCCACUGCUCAAAGGAUGCGGCUACCCGUCUCCUGGAGAAGGAGUAGGAGGCCAACUUGUCUUAUGGAUGUCAUCUUCUGACCUGAGUGUGGAAGUGGAUUGUGAGUUGACUUUCCUAGGUUGUUGCCCAAGUCCUUUGAAGUCUGUGUCUCUCUGACUCCUUUGAGUUGUUGUGAAUUAUGUUAAGCCACAGGCUAAGCCGCUAUAACAAAGAGAACCUAGUAGAAAUUUCAUUUUCUCUUUUCUAAUAAUAGUACAGAGGUAGUCAGAUGGUCCAGGGCAGAUUUAAUUGUACAAGGUCAUCAGGAACUCGGUUUCUCUUUAUCUUGUUGUUCAGCCACCCCUAGGUUGUUGUCCUUGUCCCAAGGUCAAAGCAGACUCAUCAGCCCAUGCCCACAUUCCACUGGGGAAAGAGAGAACAAAGUAGUUUCUUUUUUAAAGGAUAUGACCUGGAGUUGCGCAAACCACUAUGGCCACUUUGUGGAAAGGGACACUGGGACGUAGAGUUUCUUGUUUGGGUAGUCACUUGCCCAGUCAGAACCCAGGGGCUUCUGUGACUAAAGGAUGAUGGGGAAAAUGGAUGCAGGGUCCAGUUAGUGGCCUCCGUCACAUGGAGCUCAGUGGAUGUGCCCAGGGGUGCUCUUGGCUGUUAUUUUGCAGUUAGCACCCCCUGUAACUCGGCCCUCUGUUUAUGAACUGGAUUGGGACAGGGCUGAUGCCAGAGCCCCUUUCGGUUUAGCUGGAAUAGUCGUGCCAGGAAGUUGGGUCCGAACCCCUUGCUAAGUCUCAGCAUCUAGGCUUCUCCAGUUCUCAUGAACCCAGAGCUUGGUGUUGGAACAGUUAACCUGGUACUGGCACUGUGCUCAUGGUUUCCUGAGUUCUUUCUCCUUGUCUCAUUUGAGCCUCCAAGCUGCAUGUUUGACUCACAUUGCCUGCCCAGCCCACUCCUGCUGCGGAGUGUUUAGUCAGGCCAACACUGAGAUGCACGGUCGGGGGUGGUCUCAGGAAACGUGUUACUGUACAUGCUGCUGUGCUGUCCUCAACGAUGCUGUCCCUCACUGAAGGCACCUAAAGAGAAAUUGUUUUCAGACGUAAGGGCCCUACAGCAAGAAUCAGACACUGGUCAUGUUUCCCUUUUAGCUUUGGCUGGAAGGAAGCUCAAUUCAACUUUAUAACUGCAGAACCUGUCAUCUGCAGUUUUUGUUCUCACUUUCCCCUUGUUUUCUUGUUCAUGCUAUAUUGAUAAUGAAGUAUGUUUUAGAUAUCAUUAGCAUACAAUAAAAUGCACAGGUCUUGUUUUUGGCCUUCUGAUUUAUAUUGGCUGUUACCCAGAUUUAUCUGUUUGUAUUUUUCUGUAUGCUGCCUUCAGUCUUAUGAGAUGAGACAGCAUUUUGAACAUAACAUGUUCCUGAUAAUAUAUGGACAUUGAAUGUGGUAAAUUUGAUUCUAGACUUAUGAAUUAUAAGGAGGGAUUGUGUUCCCUAAAACCUAAAAAAUAAUAUAGACUCCCACACUAUACUUUGCCUUUUCCAUUAUUUGAGUAUACGUUUGACCAGCUCUGAGUCCAGUGAACACUCAGUCAAGACUUAAGAACUGCCGCUUUAGGUGCUUUUGUCCAUGUCUGUCCUUUGUGUCAAUUAAAGAAAGUUUAUCACUAAAGAAGUCAGGUAAUGCAAUACAUUUUAACAAAUACGCCUCCACUUGCAAAAUUGCCAGAACAGAACUAGAAAUUGGUGAGAAGGGCCCAAAUGUCAUCCAGCUUUUGUGUGCAAGUCUGAGCGGGGCUUUCAAGAGCAUUCUAGGAUUCUCAGAGUAUACAUUUUUGUAAGUUCAGACUGAAUGAAAGUUGAGGAGCAAAUGUAUACAUUUAAGAAAAAAAUGGUAUGAUUAUCUUCGUUUUAAAAAUGAAAAAAACUUAAACUGGGUUGCUAAAUGGAGGUGCCAUAUGUUUUGGAUUCAGAUCUCAUAUGCUUCUACACUAGGCUGUCUUCCACCCGACUUCCUUUGCUUCUAGCUGUGUUACUUCUUUCCCUAUCUGUAGCUAACCCCAAAAGAGCAGAAACUGGGAAAUUUCUGGGACCCUAAAAAUAAGCCACCUUGCUGUGGGUACCUUUGCCAGAACCACAUAGAAAUCUGCCCACCUUGACUGUCAGAGUGAGACGGGGAAGCUGCAGGCCCAUCCAUUUCCCCCUCGCUGUAAGACAGGGCAGCAGUGGCUCUCGGCGGGGUCGAGGUCGUGCCUGGAGAUGAGGCUGGAAUCAGGAGCGGACUUCACUGCCAGGGCCCCUGGCUGCCAGCAUGUGUGCAGGUCUGGCACCUGGGCCUCUGUGUGGUGCCAGGUGAUUUUGAAUGGAGUGUGAAAAAUGUUGUUACAUUAGUGCUUCUGUCUUAUUCUAAUGUAUAUUAAAAAAAAUAUAACAAGUUCUUUAUUCCUUAGGAUGAGGGUUUUUGAAAAAGAGUCCACUUAAAGAGAACUUUGAAGUCGUAGUACAGGUUAUACCUGGAAAUGGCAAAAUCUGUGGAGGCAGAAGGCAAAUACUGGGAUUUGGGAAAACACUGUAUUCUAUUUUGUGUCUAGUCCAUUUCUUAUAUCCACUGGUGGUUCCUGCUCUGCCUCUCCUGUGCUGUUCUGGUUUCCUGUGCACCUGCUCUGUGCUGCCUCAGCACAAAGGCAGCUUUCCUCAGAUCCUGAGGACCAAGCAGUCACACUUCCCUGACCAUCUAUUGAUGUCACUGCUCCACCUGGAACCUGCCCAUUCCUCCCCACUGGUGGUCCUAGCUCAGCCCAGCAUGUCCAGUAUUCACUCCUUAGGCUUUAGGGUGAGGUGGUGAAAUUUUUAUCUUCAGAUCAUAGCAGGUAAGAGGAGUGGUUAGAAAUUCCCACUUAAACAUGCCUUCAGAUUUUGAAAGUUAAGGCUCUUCAAGUACAACAUAGGAAGGGCUAUAGGCUGAAUGUGUUGAGGACAUUCACAGGUCUAGAGCCGUGCAGGACUGAUACAUGUGGUCUGUCUGUCUCCAGGCUCACACCUCUAACUCCCAGGACUACUUUUCCCUUGCCUCAGCCUCCCUCUCCAUAUCUGCUGCCAUCUGGGUGUCUUGGGCUGCAGACGUUGGUCACAAUUGCCAUGUGGAAUGGCAGAAAACGAUUGUAUUACAGGUUGGGUUCUCUCCUAGGGGGUGGUGUCCAUGACCUUAGAGCAGUCACUUCUUAGGGGGGGUGGACUUUCCCCAAGGUGAGUUUCUGUCAUUGUGUAGAACAUUCCAGAUUCAUUCUCAUGGGUUAGAAGGGACUGUGAGGUCAGCCAGUUUGCCUUUCAGUGCUCAUAUCUUUGAUCCCUCCUGGAGGUCGUACAGCCUUAAUUUGGCCUCAUCCAUGGCAAUCCCUUCCCUGUGUAUUUCAUCCCUUUUCUUAUUAACUCUUGAGACAAAAA